CCUACAUCCUUGCCUCCACGGAGGCAUAAAGGAGCAGCCGGUUCUGGUGAGGGAGAGUCAUUCUCGCAGCCACAGACCCAGCUGCUGGACCAGACCGAACACCCUGGUAAGAGCUCCCUGAGACAAUGACCAUGUUUGAAAAUGUCACCCGGGCCCUGGCCAGACAACUAAACCCUCGGGGGGACCUGACACCCCUGGACAGCCUCAUAGACUUCAAGCGCUUCCACCCCUUCUGCCUGGUGCUGAGGAAGAGGAAGAGCACGCUUUUCUGGGGAGCCCGGUACAUCCGCACCGACUACACCCUCCUGGAUGUGCUUGAACCCGGCAGCUCACCUUCAGACCCAACAGACUCUGGGAACUUCGGCUUUAAGAAUAUGCUGGAUGCCCGAGUGGAGGGAGAGGUGGACGUGCCCAAGACAGUCAAGGUGACGGGGACGGCGGGGCUGUCCCAGAACAGCACGCUGGAGGUCCAGACACUCAGUGUGGCCCCCAAGGCUCUGGAGACCUUGCACCAGGAGAGGAAGCUGAUGGCCGAGCACCCGUUCCUCAAGGAGAUGCGAAGUCGAGGAGAGAACCUGUAUGUGGUGAUGGAGGUGGUGGAGACGGUGCAGGAGGUCACUCUGCAGAGGGCUGGCAAGGCGGAGGGCUGCUUCUCCCUCCCAUUCUUCGCCCCGCUGGGGCUACAGGGAUCCAUAAACCACAAGGAGGCUGUGACCAUCCCCAAGGGCUGCAUCCUGGCCUUUCGAGUGAGACAGCUGGUGGUCAAAGGCAGAGAUGAGUGGGAUAUUCCGCAUAUCUGCAACGAUAACAUGCAAACCUUCCCUCCUGGAGAAAGGCCAGAAGAGGAGAAGUUCACCCUUAUCCAGGCAUCUGAUGUUGGGGAGGUACACGAGGACUUCAGGACACUAAAAGAAGAGGUUGAAAGGGAGACCCAGGAAGUGGAGAAGCUGAGCCCAAGAGGAAGGAGCUCCCUGCUCUGCUCCCUCAGCAAACUCCUUGGGAAGAAAAAGGAGCUACAAGACCUGGAGCUCACACUAGAAGGGGCUCUAGACAAAGGGCAUGAAGUGACGCUGGAGGCCCUCCCAAAAGAUGUCCUACCAUCAAAGGAGGCUAUGGGUGCGGUCCUCUACUUCCUUGGCGCUCUAACAGAGCUAAGUGAAGCCCAACAGAAGCUUCUAGUAAAAUCCAUGGAGAAGAACAUCCUACCGGUGCAGCUAAAGUUGGUGGAGAGCACGAUGGAACAGCAUUUCCUACAGGAUAAAGAAGGUGUUUUCCCCCUGCAACCUGAGCUGCUUUCCUCCCUUGGGGAAGAGGAACUGACCCUCACAGAGGCCCUCGUGGGGCUGAGUGGCCUGGAAGUGCAGCGAUCAGGCCCCCAGUAUACGUGGGACCCAGACACUCUCCCCCAUCUCUGUGCCCUCUAUGCUGGCCUCUCCCUCAUGCAGCUACUAAGCAAGGCCUCCUAAUUUGCAGUUCCCUUCCCUACCUCACUGUGCCAUGUCCUAACACCCAAGGGCAUUUCAGAGCCACCAGGCUGAGGAUGGUGGAAACCCUAGCUGAUCACCCAAGAGAACCAAUUUCCACUUGUCCAACUCUGUGUAUUCCCCUGCCCCUAUGGCUCCACAACCCACCCGCUGGCCUAAAUCCUCUAAAAGUGGAAACUUUUGAAACUAUGAAUCAUUUCAGCAAAGCCAAAAAUAAUUUCCUAUCCCAAGCCCUCUCACUUCUGAUUCCAAAAAUGAAGCUCUACUGGAAUUGAUGAAACAUAUUAUUUCACUUUG